AUGUGUGGAACUGGUAUUGCAUAUGUGAUUACUACUGCAACAAGUAUGAGUGCAAUUAUGAGAUCCAAUUGUUACCAUAAAAAAGGGCACGAGGCUGAUUGUUCUUAUGGAAAAUCUCUGUACAUGUUGCUAUUUGGAGUGGUGCAAAUUUUUAUGUCACAGAUUCCAGAUUUCCAUAACAUGGCUUGGCUUUCUAUCAUUGCUGCUAUCAUGUCAUUUGCCUAUGCUUUCAUUGGAUUAGGCCUAGGCUUCUCCAAAGUCAUAGAAAAUGGAACAAUUCAAGGGAGCAUAGCAGGAGUUCCAGGUUCAAACACUGCCAACAAACUAUGGCUACUCUUCCAAGCACUGGGAGACAUCGCUUUCGCCUAUCCAUACACGAUGAUCCUUCUCGAGAUUCAAGACACCUUGAAGUCUCCUCCAGCUGAGAACAAAACCAUGAAGAAGGCUUCAGUGAUUUCAAUCUUUGUGACUAUGCAGUCUUUGGGGUGCACACGGGUUGGAUUUUCGGGUUUCGUGUGCAUCAGGUUUAGGUUUUGCGGGUUUCGGGUGGAGAAAAAUGGUACCGAAACUGAUCCGAAAAAUUCGGGUUUUUGUGAGGUUUCGGGUUAG